UAGUAGGUCCCUCUCCAUAGCUUCUUCCAAGAUUGAGUUGUUCAGUACAGAUGAGAGAUGACCACAGCUGAGCUAAAUCCACUGCCGUCUCGUUCCGUUUUUCUCGGUGUCGACGUUGGCACUGGAAGCGCCCGUGCCGGUUUGUUCGAUGAAAAUGGUAAGCUUCUAGGCUCUUCUAGUAGCCCUAUUCAGAUUUGGAAGGAUGGGGACUGUGUUGAGCAAUCUUCAACAGAUAUUUGGCAUGCGGUUUGUGCAGCUGUGAAAUCUGCUUGCUCUCUUGCUAAUGUCUCUGAACUGGAAGUCAAAGGAAUUGGCUUUGCUGCUACUUGCUCUCUCGUGGCGGUAGAUGCUGAGGGUUCCCCUGUUACUGUGUCUUGGAGUGGUGAUUCAAGAAGGAACAUUAUUGUUUGGAUGGACCAUAGAGCUGUUCAGCAUGCAGUAUUGUGGUGGCGGUGUUUCUCCUGAAAUGGAGCCACCAAAGCUUCUAUGGGUGAAAGAAAAUCUUAAGGAGUCUUGGUCAAUGGUUUAUAAGUGGAUGGACUUGAGUGAUUGGCUAUCUUACAGAGCUACUGGAGAUGAUACACGUAGUUUGUGCACAACAGUGUGCAAAUGGACUUAUCUUGGCCAUGCACACAUGCACCAGAUGGGUGAGAAGGCUUCUCGUGAUAUGGAAGCGUGUGGAUGGGAUGAUGAGUUCUGGGAAGAAAUUGGUUUAGGCGAUUUGGUAGAUGGUCACCAUGCUAAGAUCGGACGAAGUGUAGCUUUUCCGGGACAUCCACUGGGUAAUGGUCUAACUGCAUCCGCUGCUAAGGAACUGGGCCUGUUGGCUGGAACUCCUGUUGGGACUUCACUCAUUGAUGCUCAUGCCGGUGGUGUUGGAGUAAUGGAAAGUAAAUCAGAUUCGGACUCCUUGACCAAAGAUUCAGAUGUGGAUACUUUAUGCUCUCGAAUGGUCUUGGUAUGUGGAACAUCAACUUGCCAUAUGGCUGUUUCCCGUGAAAAGCUAUUUAUCCCUGGCGUGUGGGGGCCUUUUUGGUCAGCAAUGGUUCCGGAGUAUUGGCUUACAGAAGGAGGACAAAGUGCCACUGGAGCUUUACUUGAUCACAUCAUCGAAAAUCAUGUUGCUUCUCCUCGUCUUGCCAAUCGUGCUGCUUCCCAGAAAGUUUCUGUGUUUGAACUGCUGAAGAACAUUUUGAAGACUAUGGCUGAAGAUACAAGUUCACCAUUUAUAGCUGCCCUUACCUCAGACAUGCAUAUCCUUCCCGACUUUCACGGAAACAGAUCUCCUGUUGCUGACCCAAAUUCGAAAGGAGUCAUAUUCGGAAUGACUCUUGACACAUCCGAGAAGCAGUUGGCUCUACUAUACCUCGCCACAAUACAGGGAAUCGCAUAUGGUACACGUCAUAUUGUAGAGCAUUGCAAUGCGCAUGGUCACAAAAUUGAUACACUGCUUGCUUGUGGCGGCCUUUCAAAGAACCCAUUGUUCAUCCAAGAACAUGCUGAUAUAGUUGGUUGUCCAAUUAUUCUUCCACGAGAAAGCGAGUCUGUUCUCUUAGGAGCAGCAAUUCUUGGAGCAGUUGCUUGCAAGAACUAUCCUAGUCUCCAUGAUGCCAUGAAAGCUCUUAACGCAGCUGGACAAGUGGUCCAUCCAUCAUCAGACCCUAAGAUUAAGAAGUAUCACGACGCCAAAUACCGUAUUUUCCGUGACCUCUACGAACAGCAAUUGUCUCACCGUUCCACCAUCGCCGAAGCUCUUGCAUAGUGUCCCUGAUCAACCAAAAACUGUAUAGUUCUCUGCAACAAACUCUCUUUUGCUACUUUUACAUUAAUAAUAACUGGCUUGGAUAGCCUUUCUUGACUUUCUCUGCAUAAAAUGCUACAUAAUGUCAUGCUACAUGUGGUUUUACUUAGACUAUAUAUUCUUUCAAAAAGUUAA